CUUGAAAUUAUAAUAAUUUGAAAGUUCCCGAUUUGUCACUUGUAUAAAAUUUAUUUUUACUAUAAAUGGUUUUUCAGUAGUUAGUUAGUAAUUUAUUAAUUAUAAGUGUCUGUAUUUACCUUAUAAUUCAACGUAAUCUCUAGUAAUAUAUAUCCCAAGGAAACAAAAUUAACUGGAUUAAUCGUCAGCAGGUAAAAAGUAUAAAAAAUAAAAGGUAGAAGAGAGAUAUGUCUCUAUCGGAGUAGCACAAGCUAAAAGAGAUACGGCCACCAAACUGUUAAAGCAAUGUAGGUUUAGUUCAUUUAAAGUCGAUGUUCGCAGGCAAUGUCGUGGCGACGAGACGAGCGCCCUAGUCGCUGGGGCGAAGCCAGACCCCGAUCGCCGGUUUGGGAUAUGCGGAGAAGCACAAGCCCCGAUUGCAGUCGUCAAGCAUCACCACGUGAUCGUCAAAAGGAGCGAAGGGAUCGCCACGACCGAUAUGACCGUGAAAGACGAGACCGGGAUCGCGAUGGUGACCGUUAUCGCCGUGAAAAUCGUGACCGCUUUGAUAAACGCGAUCGUCGUCGUUCUCCGCGACGUUUCGAUGACAAAGAUAUUCCCACAGCUCCAUCUCCCCCGAAUAUCAGCCGCGAUAAGUCUAGAGAAAGAGAUAGAAGUAGGUCCCAGUCCAGAAGUCGUUCUCGUAGUUAUGAGCGACAGGACAUUGACUAUGAUACUCAAGAUAAUCAGUCGGCUUCCCCGGGUGAUUGGAUCUGUAAAUGUGGUUCUUAUAAUUUUAAACGUAGGCAGAUUUGUUAUCGACGUAACUGUCAAGGUAAACGUUCUGAAGGUAAUGUCGUGGGUGGUGAAGAUAGGAAUGGCUCGGAACCGGCCGCUGGCAUUACCAAAAGAUUGUUAUUUAGACGCUUAGAUGCUUUAACAACAGAGGAAAAAAUUCUCGAUUCAAUAAAAGAACGAUGUUCCAAGUCUGUUUUAGAUUCUAUUGCUGGUAUAACUAUUGGAAGAGAGACACUAACAGGAGCCUCAAAAUGCUUGGCAUAUAUCAACUUUAAUUCUAUUGCUGAUUCAACAGCUGCUCAUUCUGAAUUAAUAAGCCUAAAUCCCUCAUUGAACAUUGAUAAUAGAGAAGUAUUAGUAUCAUUUUAUAAUGAGCCUCAGAAAGUGCCUAAAACCACUUCAAGUACUGAGUAUUCCUCAUACAAUUAUUUGCAGAAUAGAUCAAACUUUGCUUCAAAUCAAACACUUUCUGAAGCAGAUAGGGUAAAUGCAGCUGCUGCUGUUGCUCAGUCGGCUAUCUCAGCUGCUCAAGCUCGCCAGGUCUCAUGGACUCCUGUUUCUGUUCCUGCAUUUGUUAGUUCCACAGCUCAAUCUGCCUCAGUGACCAAUAUACCAACAGGUGAUGGCAAAAUACAAUAUACAGCCCCUGAUGUCCGAACCUUUCUCUACGAUGAAACCUCAGGUUAUUAUUAUGAUCCUGCCACAGGUCUUUACUAUGAUGGCAACACACAGUACUUCUACAACAGUCAGACAUCUCAAUAUAUGUACUGGGAUGCCUCUAGAUCUAGCUAUAUUGCUGCCACACAAAGCCAACAAAAUACAAACCAACCUAAGUUGCAAAACCCCCCUCAAGCUACUUCAGAGAAUACAAUUCCAAAAGAACCAGAAGAAAAAAAGAAAAAAGAUAAAGAGGACAAAGUUAAGGUUGCAAAAAAGAUAGCUAAGGAUAUGGAGAGGUGGGCUCGUACCUUGAAUCAAAAGAAAGAGAAUGCUCGGAGUAACAUUAUUAUGGAACAACCCCUGGACCAUACAACUAGCAAGGGUUCUGCAGAUAUUGGUUUUUCUGUUCUAGGGGCUGGUCCAUCCUUACAACAUCAUUCUCAUUUAAGAGAAAUCUCACCUCCACCCUUGGAAGAUGAUUUUUUAAUAAAACGAACUGAAUGUAGUCAGUUUGAGUCAGAUGAAGGAAUUAUAGAUUGGGUUAAACUCACUUGCCUUCUCUGCAAGCGUCGCUUCCCUUCAGCUGAAGUAUUGACUAAACACAAAACACUAUCAGACUUACAUAAACAGAAUUUUCUGGAACAUCAAAAGAAGAAUAGCUCAUUACCUCAAAGUAAUGGUUACAGAGAUAGGGCAGCUGAGCGCAGGAUGAAGUUUGGUGAAGAUGAACCACCAAUUCGUAAAAGAUAUGAAUCAGAUAUACAAACACCUAUAUUUGCUCAUACACCUCAACCUGUUGUAGACACCAUUGGUGGCAAAAUGUUACAGAAAAUGGGUUGGUCAGAAGGCAGAGGGUUAGGUAAGGAAGAACAAGGUCGAAUAGCUCCAAUAGAAGCCGAACAGAGACCAAACUUAGCUGGACUGGGACAAAAACGAGGAAUCUAUACUCCCACACCUGGCCUCACAUAUAGAGACACUGUCAAGAAGCUGAUGAUUGCUCGAUACAAAGAAGUGAUUCAGGAAGAAGGAGACUAGAUAUGGCGCUUCAAGAUGUGCAGCCCUAGAUGUGCCCAAUACAUCUUUGAACCCGUCGGAGCCACGCGCCGUGCCAAUACAGAAUGAUUACAUUAUGUACAUAGCGUUGCAAUAAGUUUGUUAUUUGAGUGGCCACCAAUUUUCAUAUAUACAAAUACAUUGAUCAUGAGCACUACUGUGCCCAAGCUCUGUGUGGUCCUUAAUAACAUAAAUUAUUAUAAUACUAAAAUCUGCUUCUGAGAGGUCUCCUUAUUUAGAAAAUAGCACUCAUUAUUUUGGUAUAGGGAAAUAUUAAAUAUAUAUACAGGCUGUAUACAUAUUAAAUGAUAAGCCCAUUUAGUACAAGUUAAAAAGUAUAUUUUCAUUACAUGUCGAUAUAUUGCAAACAUUGUUAAUAACGAAAUGGGCUAUUUGUUUUAUAUACUUCAGAUUUUGUGAGUUAUAUGUCCAUAUAAUAUAAGUUUUAUAUGCAUUAUUAGCAGUCUAUGAACAAAGUAUAGAUGAAAAGAUAAGAUUUUUUAUUUUCAGUAUCUAUUCUCCAAUUUGCUGAUAUUACGCACUGUUUGCAUUUAAUAUUUUAAUUAUUUACUGAUAAAUAAAGUAUGAUAUGAUAUAAUACUUAAAAUGGUUUACUAAGCCAAACACUGUUGAACAACAUAAAUUACUGAUUUAGUAGAAUAGAAUUUCUAUUUAUCGAAUGAUAGUAUAAUGUAAUAAUACUUUAAUUAUAAUUUACAAUAUAUCCUCCAUUAAUAUGUAUCUAAAGAAGAUAAUAUUCUGAAAAUACUAAACGAAAUAUUUAAAAAAAUAAUUGGAUAAAGUG